GGCCUUCGCUGCCUCCACCUCCCUACGAUCUGUAACUCUCGCACCAACACCCUCGUCGCUCGUUAACCCUGCCACUAUGUCUCUGAUCGGAGACGACGACUUUUUCGAUGAGUUACCGGUCGACCAGCGCAGCUGUAGGCUGCUCGGACCUACCGCUUUGAUUGUACAGGCCCUGAUGGGCCUGCUGGUCAUAUCAUCUCUAGUAUAUAAGCGACAUAGAGAGUCUCCAAAGCGUCCUUGGCGUAUAUGGUCUUUCGAUGUCACGAAGCAAGUAAUAGGGCAAAUGUUCGUGCAUGGAGUCAAUGUCCUCAUUUCUGGACUGGUUGCGCAACUUUCCUCCGGAAACGCUUGCGUCUUGUACUUUUUAAACAUUCUCAUUGAUACCACGCUCGGCGUUGCAAUAAUUUAUUUGACGCUUCACCUCACGACAUUCUUCCUGACGGAGAAGUGUGGUUUCAAGGGUUUUGAAACCGGCAAAUAUGGGACUCCACCAUCACUCAACUACUGGUUCCGGCAACUCUCGGUAUACAUCUUUUCGCUCGCCACUAUGAAGCUGCUAGUAGUCGGACUAUUCGCUCUUUGGCCCGGAAUCUUCAAACUCGGAGAGUGGCUACUCACCUUCCUUGGUCCGAGUGACACUGUCCAAGUUAUCUUCACUAUGGGCAUCUUCCCCAUUAUUAUGAAUGUUGUGCAGUUCUGGCUCAUUGAUUCUAUAGUCAAAGCCAGCGCUCAGCAAGCCUCAGUCGCCCUUCCCUCCGAUUCCGAGCGGGGCUCCGUCGACGAAGAUACAGAGCCGUUGUUCCGUACAUCGGAGGACGAUGACAACGAGGGCGACAGACCUUACGAUGUGGAGAACCCGCCGACUAAGCCGCAUUCGCGAUCAGUUUCUAGAGAUAGUCUUACUCCUCGAGAGCCGGAAGAGCCCAAGUCUUCUACCGCUUCGUCCGCGACGGCAUCAGGGUCUAUAACUCCGAAAGGCGUAGACAUGGGACCCAAUGCUCUCGCGAUGCAUGCAUAUCCUCCAAGCAUAGCAAGCUCCUGGGCAAGCUCGAGCUCACCCUCGAGAUUGUCGAGAAGUCCACCCUCCCGAGGAAUCAGCAUAUCUCCACAGCCCAGGGCCCACCGGCAAUCACCCCCUCCGUCACUAUCGCUGCGCCCUCGUUCGCCACAACCCUUCGCCUACAAUCCUUCAGACAAACCUCCGGCACGUGAUCGCCACUCCAUUGAGACACGUAACCAUGAUGAGAAGGAGUGGGCAUCGUGGGACGAUGAGAGCAGCGAUUGGGCUGAUCGGGCUACGGACGAAGCUUGGAUAGGUCACAGAUUAGACGCAAAGAAGCCCGUGGUACACAACGUUUGGGCCGACCACCAGCUAGAUAAUUCGGUCCGGAUAUCGUGACUCUAGGUUUACGGCUAUGCUCUGCUUCCUUCCCACAACUUGCCAUUCUAUCUCGAUGCAUCUGUACAUUCUGGUCACACCUUUGCUAGUUUUAUUGCAAUUCAUGUAGGAUCCUUAGGACGUUUACGACAUAAAUUAGGGUCGAGCAAAUCCUCACUCCGAAGAGGGUC